AUGGAUGCCUUUAAAGGUGUUGAACUAAUCGAUCGGUUGCCAAGCUGUUGUUCCAUUGUUGCCGUGGGUGAUGCCGCUCCGCCCCCGCCGGAGCUACAUGCCGCCCGUCUAGCGUUUGAGCUGUUAGUUUCACUCCUGAAGCUUCCCUUCUCAACUGGAUUGCCAUACAACGAACACGAAAAGCACCAUCCUCUCUUGGUGACCACCUUCCCGACUUCAAAGAAUGCGUCAAGGUACAUCAACCGGAACCUCAUAGCAUCCACAACCCGGGAGCCAAUGGCUAAGCAACGAACAGCUCUCCAUCUUCGCCUCAUGCUGUGGACAUGCCCUUCCGAAUGCGAUUAUACCUGUCAACAUGUCGUGACGGACCGCCGUGUCGCUCGUGAUCCUCCCAUGUUGAACCCAGUAUUACAAUUCCAUGGUAAAUGGCCAUUCCGCAGAAUCCUGGGGAUGCAGGAACCAUUUUCCGUUCUCUUCUCUUUGUUCAACUUUCUUGCCCACUGGCACGGAAUAGGACGCAUUCGUGAGACGGUACCAGCUUGGCACUCCCUGCGACCCUAUUAUAUUGCCUUCGGAUACUGCGGUUUGGCAUGCUGGACCUUCAGCGCCAUUUUCCACAUGAGGGACUUGUCCUUGACUGAAAAGUUGGACUACUUUGGAGCGGGGGCUAAUGUGAUGUAUGGUUUCUAUCUUGCACUCCUCCGGAUCUUCCGUCUGGACCAAGAGAAGCCUAGACAUAAACCAACUUUACGCCGUCUGUUGACCACGGUCUGUGCUUUGCUCUACACAUUGCAUGUGUGCUACCUCAGCUUCUGGUCGUGGGACUACACCUACAACAUGAUCGCAAAUAUCGUGAUAGGAAUGGCCCAGAACAUCCUGUGGGUGGCUUUCAGUAUUCACCGUUACCGCAAGUACGGCAAGGAAUGGAUGGCCUGGCCCGGAAUGAUCGUGGUCUGGAUUAUUUUGGCUAUGAGCCUCGAAUUGCUGGACUUUCCCCCUUGGCACGAGCUGAUUGAUGCGCAUAGCCUUUGGCAUCUUGGAACCGUAAUCCCAACUGCUUGGUGGUACAUGUUUCUCAUCAAGGAUGUCCAAAACGAUGUGGCGGGCGAUAGGCUGAAAGCCUGA